UUUAGUAUUUGUUUGCAUAAAAAAUAUUUUGAGUUCUUAUGUAGGUUGAUUGUCGAGGGAGAGUCGAUUGACAGCAAAAUGGCUUGUAGCGGUUGCUAUUCAGUGAAUUUCAUGGCAGUAUCCUCCAAUCCAAACAAGCCCUUAACUUCAUCUACUCUCCUCACUUCAAAAUUAUCUUCAUCCUACUCGCAAAUCCCCUUUUCCUCUUUGAAAUUCAAUUCGAAAUUAUCCCCAAUCCAGUUGCGUAUAUCAAAGUCUGCUCCAAAUUCAUUCGUUGUGGUAUCUGGGAUUAAGGCAGAGCCGUUGAAGGUAAUGAUAUCGGGAGCUCCUGCUUCUGGUAAAGGAACCCAAUGCGAGCUCAUCACUAAGAAGUACGAUUUGGUGCACAUUGCAGCUGGAGAUCUUCUCAGGGCUGAAGUUGCUGCUGGGACAGAAAAUGGGAGACGAGCGAAGGAAUACAUGGAGAAGGGGCAGUUGGUCCCAGAUGAAAUAGUUGUCACGAUGGUCAAGGAGCGUUUAUCACAACCAGAUUCUAAAGAAAAAGGCUGGCUUUUGGACGGAUAUCCAAGGAGCUCGUCACAAGCGACUGCUCUUAAGGGAUUUGGCUUCGAGCCACACAUUUUCAUUCUUCUUGAAGUCCCUGAAGAGAUCCUUGUUGACAGAGUUGUUGGCCGCAGACUAGAUCCUGUUACGGGGAAAAUAUAUCAUCUAAAGUAUUCUCCCCCUGAAACUGAAGAGAUUGCUGCUAGGCUUACUCAACGCUUUGAUGACACUGAAGAAAAGGUGAAACUGCGUUUGCUCACACAUAACAAAAAUGUGGAGGCCGUGCUUUCAAUGUAUGAGGAUGUAACAGUCAGGGUGGAUGGAAGUCUUUCCAAGGAGGACGUAUUUACCCAAAUCGACACGGCGUUGAGAAAUGUACUUGGACAAAGGCAGGCUCCCAUAGGAUCAGUGGCAAUGUGAAACAUCAGAGAAAUCAAUAAGAAAAAGGUAGACUAGAUUAAGGAGGACGCCAAUGGGGAGGGUGGAAGGAGAAGGAUGUUAUUAGAAUAGAGAUGAUUAGUUUUACCCCUCGUGUUCUCUUCUGGCAUGUUUGGUAAAUUGGACUAUACCAUAUUUGAUGGAUUGAAAAAGAAAAAGACGUUAAAAUUCUUUCCAUUAUAUCAUGCACAACUAUCCAUAUUUUGUACUAAAAAUGUUCUUGAGGGACUUUAUCUUCCCUUUACCUACCGAUAUGUGGAUUGGCAUCAAUUGUGAGUUAGUGUAAAGAAAAAUACCCGAUGUACGUUAAUAUAA